AUGAAUGCUGCCGUCAGAGCUGUGACCCGCAUGGGCAUCUACGUGGGAGCCAAGGUCUUCCUCAUCUGUGAGGGCUACGAGGGCCUCGUGGAAGGAGGUGAGAACAUCAAGCAGGCCAACUGGCUGAGCGUCUCCAACAUCAUCCAGCUGGGGGGCACCGUCAUUGGCAGUGCUCGAUGCAAGGCUUUUACCACAAGGGAGGGACGCCUGGCCGCAGCCUACAACCUGGUCCAGCGCGGCAUCACCAACCUGUGCGUCAUUGGCGGGGAUGGCAGCCUCACGGGCGCCAACAUCUUCCGCAGCGAGUGGGGCAGCCUGCUGGCAGAGCUGGUGCAGGAAGGUAAGAUCUCCGAGAGCACAGCGAAGACGUACUCACACCUGAACAUCGCCGGGCUGGUGGGCUCCAUCGACAAUGACUUCUGUGGCACAGACAUGACCAUCGGCACCGACUCGGCCCUGCACCGCAUCAUGGAGGUCAUCGACGCCAUCACCACCACUGCCCAGAGCCACCAGAGGACCUUUGUGCUGGAGGUGAUGGGGCGCCACUGUGGGUAUCUGGCCCUGGUGUCUGCGCUGGCAUCAGGGGCCGACUGGCUGUUCAUCCCUGAGGCACCGCCCGAGGACGGCUGGGAGAACUUCAUGUGUGAGCGGCUGGGUGAGACUCGGAGCCGUGGGUCCCGGCUGAACAUCAUCAUCAUUGCCGAGGGUGCCAUCGACCGCAACGGGAAGCCCAUCACUUCCAGCUAUGUGAAAGACCUCGUGGUCCAGAGGCUGGGCUUUGACACUCGAGUGACUGUGCUGGGCCACGUACAGAGGGGAGGGACCCCGUCGGCGUUUGACCGGGUCCUGAGCAGCAAGAUGGGCAUGGAGGCCGUGAUGGCGCUGCUGGAGGCCACACCUGAUACGCCCGCUUGCGUGGUCAGCCUUUCGGGGAACCAUUCGGUGCGGCUGCCCCUCAUGGAGUGCGUGCAGGUGACAAAGGAGGUGCAGAAGGCCAUGGAUGAGAAGCGCUUUGAUGAGGCCAUCCAGCUCCGGGGCAGGAGCUUCGAGAACAACUGGAACAUUUAUAAGCUCCUUGCACACCAGAAGAUCUCCAAAGAGAAGGUUCCAAAGACCAACUUCUCCCUGGCCAUCCUGAACGUGGGUGCCCCGGCGGCGGGCAUGAACGCGGCCGUGCGCUCGGCGGUCCGCUCUGGCAUCUGCCAGGGCCACACAGUCUACGUCGUGCAUGAUGGCUUCGAGGGCCUGGCCAAGGGACAGGUGCAGGAAGUGGGCUGGCACGAUGUGGCCGGCUGGCUGGGACGUGGCGGCUCAAUGCUGGGGACCAAGAGGACCCUUCCCAAGAGCUACAUUGAGAAGAUUGUAGAGAAUAUCCGUUCCUACAACAUCCACGCCCUGUUGGUCAUCGGCGGGUUCGAGGCCUAUGAGGGUGUGCUGCAGCUGGUUGAGGCGCGCGGGCGCUACGAGGAACUGUGCAUCGUCAUGUGUGUCAUCCCGGCCACCAUCAGCAACAACGUGCCCGGCACUGACUUCAGCCUGGGCUCCGACACCGCUGUCAACGCCGCCAUGGAGAGCUGUGAUCGCAUCAAGCAAUCAGCUUCGGGGACCAAGCGCCGUGUGUUCAUUGUGGAGACCAUGGGAGGCUACUGUGGCUACCUGGCCACCGUGACCGGCAUCGCCGUGGGUGCUGACGCCGCGUAUGUCUUCGAGGACCCAUUCAACAUUCAUGACCUCAAGGCAAACGUGGAGCACAUGACAGAGAAGAUGAAAACGGAGAUCCAGAGGGGCCUGGUGCUCCGAAAUGAGAAGUGCCAUGACCACUACACCACGGACUUUCUGUAUAACCUGUACUCGUCAGAAGGGAAGGGCGUUUUUGACUGCAGAACCAACGUCCUGGGCCAUCUGCAGCAGGGUGGCGCUCCAACCCCCUUUGACCGGAACUAUGGCACCAAGCUGGGGGUGAAGGCCAUGCUGUGGAUGUCGGAGAAGCUGCGGAGUGUCUACCGGAAGGGACGCGUGUUCGCCAAUGCCCCUGAAACUGCCUGUGUGAUUGGCCUGAAGAAGAAGGCUGUCGCCUUCAGCCCUGUCACUGAGCUCAAGAAAGACACUGACUUUGAGCACCGCAUGCCGAAGGAGCAGUGGUGGCUGAACCUGCGGCUCAUGCUGAAAAUGCUGGCGCACUACCGCAUCAGCAUGGCUGACUAUGUGUCUGGGGAGCUGGAGCACGUCACCCGGAGCACUCUGAGCAUUGAGAAGGGCUUCUGA